GGCAGCGGAACAAAAAUGAUGCCUUGGAGCAACAGAUCCUGGCGUCGUUGGCCUGCAUCGUCGAUGAGCUGUCGAUGAGCGCAGCGGAUGUGUAUCAUGCUCUUGGCCUGCGCUUCUCGGUGAAGCGCUGUGAGGACUGGGCGCUGGACCUGAGCCGCUAUCUGCAGGAGUGGUUCGGCAAGAUGCCGAUAGGGCUACAAUUGGGCGACUUCCUACAGUUACGCCCUGCCGCCCAAGCGAGCCUCUGCGAAUGGGUGGAAGUUCCGUCAGCGGUAGAACCAGCGCCGCUGACGGAACUUCAAGAAGCCGAAGCCCCAGAGCAGGCCAGCAACGCAGCCGAGCUGGGGCGGCUCUUGUUCAAGAACUCCAUGGGCAUUGUGGUGCACUUCACUGGAACUGGGCGUUUCUCUUCUUGUGCUUCUGGCCAAGCUUUGGUGGCCAUUUUGCAGCACAUGCGGCAAGGCACCGCCAUGACGGACGCACUCUGGGCGCAACUCCAGAGUCGUGUCUACGAGGUCCAGCAACUGCAAGACCUCCAGACCGCGCCUUCGCGCCGGGCGUUCUUGCGGGCCUACUGGGGUGCACUUGCUUGGGAGCAGGUUGCUCGGUUGCAACAGUUGCGAGCAGUGCUUGAGGCGGAAGAUGCUGGAGAACGGCUGUACUUCGUGCAAGCCAUCGACAAGCCCACCGGCGACGCCACACUGUCUUCCGCCCAGGUCAGCGCAGCUCUGCAGUGUUUGAACAUGACCAAGACUGGCUAUUUGAUUGGCAUGUGUCCGUUGUUUCUUGGGAUGGACGUGCGCAUUUCGUGCAUCUUGCCGGAGCCCUUGCUGACGCGUGAGCUCCCGCGCAUAGUGCGACGCAUAGAACUACAUCCCAAAGAACCUCCAACGCCACCUGGAGCAGCUUGCGUGGUCCUGCAGUACCCGCCGCUUGGAGUCUUGGUGGAGGUCGCAGACAGUGAUUAUGGUCAGUUUCAGGUCCCUGGCGACGACGUACCCAAGGGUCAUUUCUACGUGAGGCCUGUGUUCAAUAAGCAAUCGGCCUGGGUCUUUGAGGUUGCGCCCAAGCAGAAACUUCGACUUGUUCGGAAACAGGUACCCUUGGCCCCACAGCGAGUGCUGACUCAUUUUGGGCUGCAAGGCAUCACUGCCAGAUCUGGCCUGGUCGCUUUUCUGAAUCAACCUCCCUGGAUGAAGGAUGGAGAUUACGGUUUGGCCCUCUAUGUCAUGUUGUCACGAGCAACGAAGUUGAGCGAUUUAUGGCUCAUUGGAGUGCCUGAGCGCCCAUAUUUCGAAGGCUUCUUGCAUGAGCACAACAAGACUUUGGUGGAUCGUAUGAGCCUCUUUGAACGUCUGUCUGUGCAGAGUGAGCAAGCUGCGGAAAAGUACAUCCAGAAGCUGCUUUGGAGGGGAAAUGCUUACGUGAACCGCACGCUUGGUGUUUCUGGAACAGGACAAGCCAAGAGGCGGAGGCUGACAGGCAAGACUGCUGUGGCCUGA